AUGUUCCGUUUAUUCACCACAUUUGCUGUACUAAGUCAUUUGGUAUCUGCUCGGUCGCGACGCUUCGGAGUGUCUCAACUCGUCGUUGCCAAUCGAUUGUCUACCGUCGACCCAACAUUGAUUCGAGGAGGAGAACAGGAAUUUGAAAUCCGGGCUCAACCUUCUCGAUCAAAUAUGUUUUCUACUUCUGCAUCUGCUGUCGAUCCAACAUCGAUUCGAGGAGGAGAACAGGAAUUUGAAAUCCGGGCUCAGCCUGCUCCAGGCUCGCCAUUCCAUUAUGCAUUUCCGGUGCAUAACUUGGGUCUAGCCAAACAUUUUUAUGGUACCGUGAUGGGCUGCGAAGAGGGCCGUUCGAGUGAAAAAUGGCAAGACUAUAGUCUCCAUGGUCACCAAAUCGUGGUACAUUGGGUUGGAGAUGAUUAUAGAAAUAUAGAUUACUUCAAUCCAGUCGACGGCGAUGAGGUCCCUGUUCCCCACUUUGGAAUUGCUCUUUCGGUCGAGCAGUUUCAUGAACUUGCAGAGCGCUUGAAGAAGCAUGGUAUUGAAUUCAUCAUUGCUCCACAUUUAAGAUUCGUUGGAGACGCAGGCGAGCAAUGGACAAUGUUCUUCAAAGAUCCGUCGGGAAACAAUCUGGAAUUCAAAGCGAUGGCCAAGCCACAGAAUCUGUUUGCUAAGUACAACGUCGCUGACAAUUCGAUUGGUGCGGACUGA